CAAUGUUUUCUCUUUUUUCACACUAUCAAUUAGAAUUUAUUAGUAGUUAUUUCAAAUAAGUGAAUCCAUAAAGUUAGAAAAAAGGGGAGUAAAUAAAAAAAAUGAUGGAUGACAACGGUCAAUGGAUGGCAUCACUUCCUAAUGGACUGCGCGAUUUGCCAAUCAUAAAUCUUGCAAUACCCGGUUCUCAUGAUACAAUGUCAUAUGGCAUAAAAUCUGGAGCAAAGCCUGCUCCAGAUGCCGAAAGGUCCACAAGGUGGUUGAAUUUCUUUUUCCCUUGGUGUGUGAGACGUUGGGCGAAAACACAGUCUUCUAGUAUUUUGGAACAAUUGCUGUUAGGAGUGCGUUAUUUCGAUUUGCGUGUAUGCCAAAAAAACGAUAAAUUCUAUUUUGCACAUGGGCUCUUUGCAAUGGAAAUUUUUGAACCACUGGAAGAUCUUAAACGCUUUUUACUUUCAAAUAAGGGAGAGGUUUGCAUCUUGGACUUUCAGCAUUUCUACGAUAUGAAUCUGUCGCAUCAUGCUCAACUACAAAACCUUUUACUGCAAUUAUUUAGCUCUCUGUUGUACACUAAAUUUCAUGGAACCAUAACUGAUUUUACUUUGAAUAGGUGUAGUACAUUGGGUACACAAAUAUUUUUAAUUUACCGGCGUUGUCCCUUGCCUUUGCCAAAAGAGUUUUGGCCCAGUAAUAUUUGGCCGACUCCAUGGCCAAAUGUAACUUCCAUAAAGAAACUUGAAACAUAUCUUCAAACAUCUCUUCUGUCCAGAAAACCUUCGCAAGGAUUCGUCACACAAUGUGUAUUGACACCUUCUGGUAAAUACAUAACACUUAGAUUCUUUUCCUCUUUACGUAAAACUGCGAAAAAAGUUAACAAGAAAUUGAAACCGUGGAUUGAAGAACAAAUACCCGGACCAUUUUUGGAUAAUGAAUCGCCUAAAACAAAUGUGUUCAUUACAGAUUUUACCAGUUUAGAUAACGGACAAUUUUGUAAGAUGGUUAUAGGUCUUAAUUAUAAAAUUGAAAACGUGUCCAAAAUCGGUGAAUGAGAAUGAAAAUGAUUAGAAUGAGUUUAAUAUUUGGAAUAGAAUAACUAUAAAAUAAGAUUGAGGCUUUAUAUACAAAAAAUCGCUUGCGGUUAAUUUUGUAACAAUGCCCAAAGAUAUAUUCCAAAAUGAAUUUAGUAUUUAAAACAAAAUGGUUAGGAGUUAUUUUAAAUUCCGAAAUUUGAUUGCAGCAUUUCUCAUACGGAGAAUUUUGAUUUAUUACCUAUGUUUUUUUUACACUUUAAGGUCAAAAUGUAAUUACAAUUACUUGCUUACUUAUUCUAUUUUAAAAAUGUAAAGAAAGCUAAAAAAUAAAAUUUAUUUAACACUU